AUUGCGAGUAAAAAAAGCGCAUAUAUUGCUGUACAAUCAUAUAGGUUUGAACAUUCAUUGAAUAACAAAGCCUGAUUGAAGAUGUCUAAACUCAGCGCAUUAUUGACAAUUUGCGUUCUUCAUGCUAUGGCCAAUAAAAAAUUAACACAUGCCGCAGCAAUGCCAUAUACAAGGAAUGUUGCUAUUGAUUUUAUGGACACUUUACACAAACUGCGUCAUACAUUGCUCUGUACAACAAAUAGUUGUGAUCCCAAUGCUGCUCUACAAUAUUUCGCGAUAAAUGAAGGCGCCCUAUUGGAUAUUCAAGAGAAAACCGAAUUUCCUGAAACAACGGAAUUUCUGGCCAAAAAAGUCGGUACAGCCGCUUCGGGUGCUUUAUCUAGACUAUGGCCGCGGAACCAAAUUGCAUUGACCCUAACUACACUUGCCCCUCUCCCACAUUCAACAUAGUUCCAGACGAGCUUUAUGAAUACAUACAUUGGCUAGAAGCUAUAGUCUCAGCUAAAAACUGUAUAACACCGGAGACCCAAGAAGAUGCUAUUGCUGUUGUGGCAUCCAGUGGCAACUAUAUAGAGCAACAUCUUCAGGACACAGAAAAUCCCAUAAAAAGAGUAUUACCAAUUGUUUCAGAUUUGGCGAAAAAUUUUCAAAAAUUGUGCGCGCGAUAAUAACUGUAAUAAAGCUAUGGAAAAGUUUAAAAUGUGACAUACAAAACAAAAAAUUCAACAAAUCACAA